GACACACCAAAAAAGACUUCAUUAAUUUUCCUCCUAAAUUGUCUUAUACAACAAUUUUUAAAUUGAAUCAAAGUUUGUUCUUUAAGAAAAUCAUGGAUGCUGCUCAAUGGGCAAAGGAUGUGAGAAAUGAUGGAAGUUAUAAUAAUGUGCAAGAUGAUCAUAAGAAGGCAAAUAAGCCACAACAUGAGCAUGCACUUAAUUGUCCAAGAUGCAACUCAACCAACACCAAGUUUUGUUACUACAACAAUUACAGCUUAACUCAACCAAGAUACUUUUGCAAGGCUUGUAAGAGGUAUUGGACUAAAGGCGGAUCCCUUAGAAGCGUUCCUGUGGGUGGCGGCUCAAGAAAGAACAAGAGGUCAUCAUCCACGUCGUCCAUGUCUAAACCAAUUGAUCUUUCACAGUUUUCUUCUCAAAAUUUCAACACUACUACUACACAUGAUCUUAACUUGGGUUCAUCACGAGCUACACAAGAAGUGGAGUAUCAUCAUCAUCAUCAUCAUCAUGGUUUUUCUCAGUUUCUAAAGCUACCCAAGAUUGAAAAUAAUAAUGCAAAUGCAAAUAAUAAUAAUAAUGCCACCUUUUUAUCGUCUUCUAAUGGGCUAAUGAUGAUGAACACUCAUGAUCCAACAAAUAUUAAUGUAAACAAUAAUACAAUGUUGUUUAAUAAUAAAAAUAAUGGGGCAAGAUUCAGUCUUCAAGAUUUUAAGCCAACAAUGAGUGCUACUACUUUUCCUUUUCAAGGGAAUGGAAUCAAGUACGGGAACUUGCAGAAUAAUCAAGAAGCAGAUGGAGAAAGGCCGCCGGUCAUGAUGCUGCCUUUUGGAGUAUUGAGCCAACAACAACAUCCACCAAUUAGGGAUCUUGGCCAAAGUAUGCCGGCACAAGCUGCAUACAGCUGGAAUAAUGGGACGACUGCUAUGGGCGAGGGUUCGUCAACAUUGUAUAACUAAUCCAGUACUAUACGUUCAUCAUCAGUCGUGUUACGUACUUAAUUAGAUGUUUAGUAGUUAUAUUAAUUUGUACUUAGAGUUAGAUUAUUAUGAUCAAUCACAUAACUGGCAUUAAUUAAUUAGUGUGCAUUUGAUAUUAUUAAUUAAUUGGAUUUCAAGGGUGAGAUGAAUUGUCAAUCUUUUUUAAACAAUCUAAGCGCGCGUUAAAUUAAUA